UGGUGAAGGUAGAAGAGGAAUUAGAAUCAAGAGCAGAAUCAAAUGGGGUUGGGGUUUCUAUGGACUGCGGCAGAGCGUCUCGUAGCGUUGGCUCUGUUGAUACCUACGCUGUUACUCUUUCAAGUUAUCUUUGAAGCCUACAAGCGAAGACACCAUAACAAGCACGUUAAUGCUCCUGCUAUCUUCGAGGAUCCAAAUUCGUUGAAACAGGUUCCAUGCCCUCAUGUCAAUGAUCCAGCAGAGAAGUAUAUAUCUUUGAUAGUUCCUGCAUUUAAUGAAGAGCAUAGGCUUCCUGCAGCACUUGAUGAAACCAUGAAUUAUCUUCAACAACGUGCAGCAAAGGAUAAGUCAUUUACUUAUGAGGUGGUGAUUGUUGAUGAUGGAAGUUCUGAUGCCACAAAAAGAGUAGCUUUUGGCUUCGUGAAAAAAUAUACAGUGGACAAUGUGAGGGUUAUCCUUCUUGGGAGAAAUCAUGGCAAGGGAGAAGCUAUUCGAAAAGGCAUGCUUCAUUCUCGUGGUGAAUUACUUCUAAUGCUGGAUGCUGAUGGGGCAACCAAGGUUGAUGACCUUGAGAAACUUGAAAAUCAGAUUCAUGCUGUUGCCAAAAGGGAGUUUAAAUUAGGAGAUGGAGCAGAUACAUAUUCAAAUUCAAGAAUUUCUGAUUUUCCAAUUGCUGCAUUUGGUUCUCGUGCUCAUCUUGAGGAGAAGGCUUUAGCAACAAGGAAGUGGUACCGUAAUUUUCUAAUGAAGGGCUUUCAUCUUGUUGUGCUCUUAACUGCUGGUCCCGGAAUUCGUGAUACACAGUGUGGUUUUAAGAUGUUCACCAGGGCUGCAGCAAGGAAACUUUUCACGAACAUCCGGCUGAAAAGAUGGUGCUUUGAUGUUGAGGUUGUUUAUCUAUGCAAACGUUUCAAUAUCCCCAUCAUUGAAAUAUCUGUAAACUGGUCCGAAAUUCCAGGAUCCAAGGUGAAUCUUUUAAGCAUUCCCAACAUGCUUUGGGAGCUUGCAAUCAUGUCCUUGGGAUAUAGGACAGGGUUGUGGGAAAUUCAGAAAUGAUUACUCAUGGAGUUUAUUUAUGAGAACUGUUGCGACUUCUUCUGAUCUCAUGCGAUUCGAGACGAAAGAGAUGAAAGAAACUGAUACGGCCUCAGCCUCUGGGGUGAGGAGAAUUUGUGAGGAGCAAACUUCUAAUUUUUAUCGAGUUUGAAAUGCAAGCAUAGAUUUUCAAAAAAAGAAAAGCAAGAAUAGUCUCUAACCGUUCAAUCAUCACUUUGUAAAACUAUUUGAGGGAUCACAUUUUUUCAGUUUUAUUUAUCAUUCCUUGCGAUCACUGAACACAAAGAGUUUAGCUCCUUGUUUCAAGAGCUAUAUAGUUGAGUUUAUACAGUACAUUCAUAUGAGGCCACAAGUGAUGUUAAAGAGACUGAUCCCUGACACAAUUUCAGACAACAAUCGAAAUGGCAGUCACCGUUGUAUGUUUUAGAUGCUAAGAACAAUAGAGGGUGUGUUUUUUCUUA